AGGAAGCCCCUGGAGGUUGGAAAGGCCGUGGGAAGCGUGCUGAGUGCACGACUCACUGGCUCAUGCUGGGCAAGCGCGGUCCUCACUGCAGCUUUGCUCUCUGCCGCGCGCUUGCUGCCCAGGCCACCUCUGCGGAUUUUUCUUGAAGUUUCCUCCGACUAAGUUCAUAAUCUCUUGUUCUUCUGCUGUGCUCUGUGUUCUUUCCUAGCAGGAAUAGGGGCGCCGUGGCCCAGGCGGUAACUAACCACGGACCCUUGCUGCCCUAGAGAUGGGAGAAUUCAGUUACUGACCCUGUCCCCUGCUGGCGGAUAUAGACGGGGGACCCAGGGCAGCUGUGCUAGGUGAGGGGCCGGUACCUCACAGAUGAUGGCAGAGAGGAGGUUUCCCAGCCCGGGGCCUCCCUCCCGGGAGAGCUAAUGCCCUUACUGUGAAUAACGUUACCUUCAGUCUUGCACUGUGUCCUAGUUUUCCCUUGAAUUCCAUACUGGGCAAGAGGUCCACGGGCCAGGGAAGCGCUGUUCAGCCAGGAUGCCACAGAAACAGUGUCGGCUGUCAUAACUUGCUCCCGAACCCUUCGGCAAGUGAGGAGUGAAGCAGAGGCAAGUCUACUGCGUGGGUCAGUGAGUGGAACAAUUUUUGUCUGCAAUUUGCAUAAAAUAGUCAACUGCAAAAUAUUGCCGAACAGUGCUGCUUUGGGCCCAGGUCUUCUGCCAUCCAGACGCUCCUCCAAGCUGAUGGUCUUGUGGUCCAGGCUGCUUUAGUUAGCAAGGCCAGGUAGUUUUCAGUUUGGUUUCCUUUGCAUCUCGUGACCUUGUCGGCCGACACUGGGAGCGUGGGAACUACAGGCUCUGAACCGCGGGAGCCUCUCUGUGAAGGGGCUGAGAAGGAGAAGUGGAGUAAGAUGGGGCCUUGGAAGAAUCGAUGAUUUGGUUUCUGUAUAAUGAAACCCACACAGGACAAAACAGGUUGUUUUUCUUUUUUACUUACAUGUUCUUUUAGAAGAAUGCUCGGUGCUGUUACCAGGUUACUAGUUUAUGAAGAUGCUUACCAUGAGUUCAUCUAGAAAGUAAAAAAUGCGAAGUGAAUUGUCGGUAUUAGAGGUUGCUAAGGUGGCACAGCUCGGCGUGCUCGUUUGUAGGCUUGGAGCGUGCCUGCUCCCCGGCUAGUGCUCGUGAGAGGCUGGGCCGCUCCGGGUUGCUGCUGUGACGGGCUGCUUCCCACACUGAGAUAGCCAGGAACUCGUUUCUUGAGCACCUGUGUUGUGUGGCCGCUCACCCAACUCGGAAGCAGCUGAGAGCAGGAUUCCUGAAUAUGAGAUACAGAAUUGGUCAUUGCAGGCAAGGUGCCGGAUGGGGAAGGAGUGUCACGGUGUUCAUCCCGGUCCCCGUUACUAACAGCUGUUGGUUUCUGCCACAGGACUGGAGACGGAAAUCCAUCACUAAGCCAGGAGGAUUUUACAGUCCAACGGAGCUGCCAUGAAAAGGGAUGACCUGAUUAUGAUCAAGCAGGAAAGUCAGUACGAUUUGGAUCAGGAUGCUAUGUCAAGCAGCAAAACAUCAACUCCCGAGGGAGUGGAAUUCAAAAAAAUUAAUUUGAGUUCAAGCCAUAUUCCAAAACUGAUUUCCAAAGAUGGAAAUUAUUCAGGAAUAAAAGCUGAGGAAUUCAAUGUAUGUCACAUUGUAUAUCACCCCAGUGGGCUUCCCGAGAUGGAAGUUGGAGAGAAAUCUGCUGUCACCGAUGUGCCUGAGAACUCUCUCCAAUGUUAUGAGCCGCUCAGCGAGCAUCACAAGGUUCAGACUGUGCAGCAGCCGUUUGAACAUACUGCACAAUGGAAAGCCUUUGAAAAUAAGAAAAUAUUCUUUACAUUUGGGAGGACCCAUAUGGAAGACAACUGUAAUAAGGAAGCAACUCAGAUAGAGGAGAAAAAAUUCCAUUUAUGUUCUAACCUCAGUAAUCAUCAACAAACCCACACAAGAGACAAAUUUUAUGAAUAUUUUGGAUAUGGAAAACCUCUCAUUUACAAAUCAGAUCUUGCAAUAAAUCAGAGGCAUCCUACAGGGAAAAACUAUGCAUGUGAACCCUGUGGAAUACCAGGUAGCAGUCAGUCUUGCCAUACCAUUUAUCACAGUAAUCUCAUAGGGGAAAAUCCUCAUGUAUUUAGUGAAUGUGGAGAGACCCUGUAUCAGAAGACAGGCCUUAUUAGAAAUCAGAGGAUUCACACAGGGGAGAAGCCUUACGAGUGUAAUGACUGUGGUAAAGCCUUUGGCCGAAUGUCACACCUCAUAAUGCAUCAAAGAAUACACACUGGGGAGAAACCCUAUGAAUGUGUCGACUGUGGAAAAGCCUUCGGUCAUAAGUCACAUCUAACAGUGCAUCAGAGAACUCACACCGGGGAGAAACCUUACGAAUGUGACGGCUGUGAGAGAUCUUUUGGCCGUAUGGCAUCCCUCAUGCUGCAUCAAAGAAUACACACAGGGGAGAAACCUUACGAAUGUGAUGACUGUGGGAAAGCUUUUGGUCGUAUGUCAUCCCUCAUCAUACAUCAUAGAAUCCACACAGGGGAGAGACCUUAUGAAUGUACUGAUUGUGGGAAAGCCUUUGGUCAUAAGUCCUACUUGAGAGUGCAUCAGAGAAUUCACACGGGGGAAAAGCCGUAUGAAUGUAGUGACUGCGGAAAAGCCUUCAGUUGUACAUCCCAAGUCAUAAAGCAUCAGAGAACUCACACAGGGGAGAAACCUUAUCGAUGUAAAGACUGUGGGAAAGACUUUGUCGAGAUGUCCCAACUCACAAAACACCGGAGAAUUCACACAGGGGAGAAACCCUAUGAAUGUAAAGAUUGUGGAAAAGCGUUUAUACAGAAGUCACAACUCACAAUACAUCAGAGAACACACACAGGGGAGAGACCUUUUGAAUGUAGUGACUGCGGAAAAGCCUUCCGAAGCACGUCACAUCUUGUAAAACAUCAGAAAAUACACACAGGGGAGAAACCUUAUGAAUGUAAUGACUGUGGGAAAGCCUUUGGCCACACGUCGUGCCUCAUAAGACAUCAGAGAAUUCACACAGGGGAGAAACCUUAUGAAUGUAAUGACUGUGGGAAAACCUUUAUCCAGAAGUCACAGCUCACCUUGCAUCAUAGAACUCACACAGGAGAGAAACCUUAUGAAUGUAAUGACUGCGGGAAAGCCUUUAUCCAGAAGUCAAAACUAACACUACAUCGAAGAACACACACAGGGGAGAAACCUUAUGAAUGUAAUGACUGCGGGAAAGCUUUCUGUCAUACGUCAUCCCUCAUCAGACAUCAGAGAGCUCACACGGGGGAGAAACCCUAUGAAUGCAAUGACUGCGGAAAAGAUUUUUGCCAUAUGUCAUCCCUCAUCAGACAUCAGAGAACUCACACGGGGGAGAAACCUUACGAAUGCAAUGACUAUGGAGAAGCCUUUAUCCAGAAGUCGAAGUAAUCACCUUACGAAUGUGUGGCUCUGGAACAGAUUUUUGGCAAAUAUCACAUCUUAAUGGACAUUGAUGAAGUUGGAUAAGAGGCAAGCAAUAGGAGUUUACUGACCGAGGAAAAGACUUUCUGCACAAAUCUAGCCUCAUGAAAAAGAAAACUUGUAAGAAAGCCUUAUGAACAUUGACAGUGGCGAAGCCCUUUGCCAAAAGUCACACUUCAGAACACAUCAGAGAAUAACAGAGGAAGAAAUGAUUGUAACGCAUGUGGAUUAAUUUUUUUUCCCCAACAACUAGUUUCUCAGCACAUCAGGGAAUUCAAAGAGAGGAUAAAAUGUAAGAAUAUUCUGAGUGGAAUUUUUUUCCUUCCCAGAAUCAGCUUAACAAAGCCUUUUGCUGGAAAUCCAUCGGAGGCAUGGAAAUCUCGCAAGGGAAAAAGCUUACAAAUGUAAGUAGCAUGGAAAAGCCUUUUUGACAGAUUUCAUUCUUCAUUAAAUAUCAGAAAUUCAAGUGACAAUUUUAUGGAGUGUAAUGAAUAUGGAAAAGGAUUUUCCUGGAAUUCAAGCCUCCAUAGACAGAAUUUACAAAUGAUAGCCUUUGAUGCAGUAAGUAUGAGAAAAAUGUUAGUCAGAAGCUAGAACUCAAGACAUCAGAGAAUUCACAAAUGAAAGAAACCAUAUAAAUAUGAUCAGCGUGAAAUAAUUGACAAUAAGUCAGUUUUCAACUCACAUGAAGAGAUUGAGAGAUGAUGCAGUUAGCACAUUUCCAUAACGAUGAUGGUUCUACAAGUCAUCCCACAAACAUCAUUGGAACUGCUUACUGACCCUUGUCAGUUUCCUAGGGCAUCUUUAUUGUGUUAAUCAUAGGGUGCAAACCUCAAAUAUUAGAAUGACAUAGAAAUUUAGAUGUAGGCAGUUGCAGUGAAUUUGGAUGGUUUGCUGAAAGGUAAUGUUUGCUUUAUUUUUGUUUUUCCAGUGGUUCUGAUAACUAACGCCUCAGUAAAUUCCUUUCUUAAGGCUUAUUGGCAUGUAUUUCAUUUACAAGCAAUGCAGAGUGACACAGGGAAAGUUAUUUUCAGUAAUCCUCUAAUUUAUCAGAUUUUGUUUUUGUUUUGGUGUUCAGUUCCUGAGUGGGUUAUGUGUCCUGGAUAAGGCACUGAUUAGUUUAUGACUAAUGUUGCUGUCUCUUUCUGGAUACCUGUGCCAACAGACAUUUUGUUGUUGUUACUUAUUUUAUUGGAAAAGUAGACUUUACAGAGAGAGAAGGGGAGAGACUCAGGUGUUCUAUCUGCUGCUUCACUCCUCAAAUGGCCACUACAGCCUGAGCUGAAGCCAGGGUGCACCGCGUGGGUAUAGAGUCCCAAGGACUUGAGCCAUUCUCCACUGCCUUCUCAAGCCACAGAGGGGUCAGAAGGGAAACUGCCAGGACCUGAAACAGCAUACAUGUGUUGCUGGAGUCACAGGGUGAAGGAUUAGCCUGAUGUGCUGUCAUGCCAGUGUCGCGCAUGAAACUUUGGUUUUCGUUGGUUUGAUGAAACUGUUUGAUUUUCAGGAAGAUACAGUUAGUUCAGUCUGGGACUAGAAUUGUGGCUUAUUGGAAUAAGUUGUAGCUGCAAUGCCAGUAUCUCAUGUUGGCACUCGUUCAUGACCACUCUGCUUCAAUCCAUUUCGCCACUGCUAUUGGCUGAGAAAAGCAGCAGAACAUGGCUCAAGUGCUUGGACCCCUGCUUUUUCACACAUUGAAGAACUGGAAGAAAAUCCUUUUUCUUGUCUUAGGUCUGCCCCACCUUGGCCAUCGUGGCCAUGCAGGGGGUAAGCCAGGGAAUGGAAGAUCUCUAUCACCCUUGUAACUCUUACAUUCAAAUAAAA